AUGAACCCGUCACACAGCCUUCUCCAUGAGCUGCAUCUAUCGACCCUCUUUGGCGUGCAUACCCACGCGCGCUGCAGGAACUCGAUCAAUAUGCUCGACAAGCUCAAACUCGAGCUCGUGCCGGCCGCCGGUGACAAGCUCGUGCUCAAGCUCUCUCCUCCGCCGCCGCCGCUUGCUGACAAGCAGGCGUGUGCUUGCGCGCACGACUCCCUGCAGACUGCGGUCGACGCCUGGUGCACCAACAAGGAAAGCGCCGAGGCCACUUACGGCCCGAUCUCCAGCUGGGACGUGCGGGCCAUCACCGACAUGGCUUUCCUGUUCUUCACGGAUGCGUACUACUACUACUAUUACGAUGGGAGCACCGUUGACAAGACAGGCUGCAACCCUGACAUCAACAACUGGGACAUGAGCGGCGUGACGAGAACCGACAGCGCGUCCCUCCCCGCGCCUCUCCUCUCCGCACUCUCCCUCGACCUCUGCCUCACCGUGCCCCCGCCUCUGAUGUUCUACGGCGCGACCUCCUUCAACCAGGACAUCAGCAGCUGGAACAUGGCCAGCGUGACGAGAACUGAAUUUAUGUUCUACGGCGCGACCUCCUUCAACCAGGACAUCAGCAGCUGGAACAUGGCCAGCGUGAGGAGCACCUUCGGGAUGUUCCGCAACGCGACAUCCUUCAACCAGCCGCUCAACAGCUGGAACAUGGCCAGCGUGACGAGAACUGACGGGAUGUUCCUCCGUGCGACCUCCUUCAACCAGGACAUCAGCAGCUGGAACAUGGCCAGCGUGACGAGAACUGACGUGAUGUUCUACGGCGCGACCUCCUUCAACCAGGACAUCAGCAGCUGGAACAUGGCCAGCGUGACGAGAACUGACGUGAUGUUCUACCGCGCGACCUCCUUCAACCAGGACAUUAGCAGCUGGAAUAUGACCGGCGUUACGAACACCGAAUAUAUGUUCUACGGCGCGACCUCCUUCAACCAGGACAUCAGCAGCUGGGACCUCUCGUCCAAUACUUUUUGCUCGUCCAUGUUCUCCGGCACGCCUGCCUCCACCUGCACAAUCGCGGGGGGCUGCAAGAGCAUUUCGUGCUGA